GAGGAAAAAAGAAAAACAUAGCGAGUGAGACAGAAAGAGCAAGGGAGAGAGAGAGAGAGCGAGUGAGAAAGGAUGAGAUUUGCAGGGAGGACAGCAGGCUCGCUCUUUGUCUUGUGAUUUACAAUCCACAAUCUGUGAUUUAAGCCACGGCGGCUCGGACGCACUGAGGAUCUGAGAGCCCGGGAGAGAGGCUUCUGCGAUAGCGGCGGCGCUGAGGAGGGUGUCUCACAGCGAGGCGCAGCGUGACGAGGAGCAGGCACAGAGCGACAGGGAGCGGGAGCAGCUCGGCAAGGAGCAGGCACAGAGCGACGGGGAGCGGGAGCAGCUCGGCGAGGAGCAGGAUGCGUGUUUCUGUGCCGCGAGGCUGCCGUGCCGCUCUGGCCCCGCGCCUGUAGACGGGCCAUGUGCAGAUGAGGCGGGGGAGCUGGUGCCUGGGGGGCCGUCGUUCAGCGCCGCACGGAGAAGGAGCUCCCGUCUCUCUCCCCCCACACAACCCCGGCGACCAGGAGAGCGGAGGGGGCCCCGCCGGAGAGGAGGAGCUUCGCGAACUCUGUGACACGAAGAUGGCUAACCGCGUCGCCGCACUGCCGUGGGAUUUCCAGGAGCUACUCCAGGCUGUCGCCACCCCGAAAGCCUGCCCUCACCUGUGAGGCAUUCUGACCUGUGAGCUCACUGCUCGUCCAGUUCUUAUGGUGCUGAGACCUGGGGCUACCUGCACGCUGGCUCGCCUGGGGGGGACCCGCAGAAAGGGCUUUACCCGGAGAAACUAACCCUCUCACCUGCACUACAGAGCUGGGAUUCAGCCCCAUCUUGUUUCUGACUGGAGAACAAUGAGCUCUGAGGAGGACACCUUCAGCAGAUUUUUUCAGUAUGUGGAGGACAGUGGACUGAGAGCCUACGAUGGUCUGGUCAUUCAGAAUGCCUCGGACAUCGCCCGUGAAAGUGACCGUGUGAGGAAUGAGACGAACUGGGCGUACCUGCAGGAAAAACACGAGAAGAGACGGAGACAGGAGGAAGCCAUAAAAAGGAUCGGUGAGGACGUCGCCAGAGGGACGGACGGCGGGUAUCCGGGGAAACAUUUCCGCAUGGGCUUCAUGACGAUGCCUGCCCCCCAGGACCGGCUGCCCCACCCCUGUGGGACGGGCUUCUCCGUGCGCUCACAGUCCCUGCACUCCGUCGGGGGCGGGGAUGAGGACAUUAACCCCAACUCCCGAAAGCAGCCGCCCCCCAAACCCCGGAGGGACCCCAACACCAAGCUCAGCAUGUCGUCGGAGACGGUGAACACAGGUUCAACCCCAGGCAAGACAGGGAAAGAGCCGGACAAGUCUGACGCAUCAGCCAGAUCAAGGCCUUGCAGCGAGGACCUCAGGAGAGUCCCACCCCCGAAACCCAAGAGGAACCCCAACACCCAGCUGAGCACCUCGUUCGACGAGUCCUACAUCAGGAACCACGCCUCCAAGAAGACCUCCAAGAGGGAGAAGGCGUCGUCGCAGACACAGAGCCCCGCCCGAGACACGGACGAGGACGAGCCCGUCUACAUCGAGAUGGUGGGCAACAUCCUGCGGGAGUUCAAACGGGACGAGGAGGAGCAGGGCGAGGCCGUUUACGAGGAGAUGAAGUACCCCGCCUUCGAGGAUAUGGGCCAGGACUCCAGGUGGGAGCAAGUGGGCUGCCCCUCCCAGUGCUCCACGCCCACCAUCCCAGACCUGGAGCUCACUCGGGCAGCCACGCCCAGGGGCUCCCUGUGUGACAUCCCCGCCCCCUUCCCCAACCUACUGUCCCACCGGCCCCCCCUGCUGGUGUUCCCCCCGGCCCCCGCCCAGUGCUCCCCCAACUCGGACGAGUCCCCCCUGACCCCGCUGGACGUCACCAAGCUGCCCAUGCUGGAGAACGUGUCCUACAUCAAAUCUGGGGCGUCGCCCACGUCGGGCGAAUCCCAGGGCUCCUCCCACCGCAAGGCGGAGAAGGAGCUUCCGGCCACGCACACCAUCACGGCCUCGGGGCGCUCCUCCGCCCCGCCGCUCCCCUCCACCCUCUACAAGGCGUCGGCCUCAGCGCACGGCUACCCCCGCAGCCACUCGGCCUGCCCCUCCCCCGUCAGCAUGGGCCGCUCGCUCACGCCGCUCAGCCUGAAGCGGCCGCCGCCCUACGACGCGCUGGUGACGGCCGGCAUGCCACGCAGCGCCUCUGCAGUGCCUCCCCACUCCGCCAAGAGCGCGGCCCAGGAAGGGGGCCGGCUGUCGGGCUCGUCCAGCGCGCACGGCUCCAUGCAGAACGUGUCUCGCUCCCGCACGCCCACCAGCCCGCUGGACGAGCUCACCAGCCUCUUCACCACGGGUCGCAACAUGCUCAAGAAGUCCUCCAGCGGCAGGAAGUCCAAGGACCCGGCCGAGAGCGAGGCCAAAAGCAGGAGUCACAGCACCGAGCCGCUGCCGCGCCACGAGAGCAGGGACAGGGGGGGUCACCAUGGCGGCAGCAAGGAGCCCCCGCAGGCGGGCGAGUGGGAUGGCAUGUCAGGACAAUCAGCCACACCCACGCCCACCGCCACGCCUAUCAGACUGGGGCGUUCCUCCGUCAGCCCCACCAUGAUGCUGGGGAGCAGCAGCGCGGAGUCCAAGGCAGGGUGCAAGCUGGGCCGGUCAGCCUCCACACCUGGUGUGCCGCCCCCAACAGGGACCCCCCAACGGCAGCCUCUGGAGGCACAGCAGAGCCAGCAGGUGGCGCUGUUGCCGUGGGCGUGUGGGGACAGCACCAUGAUGGAGACCAUUGAGAAGAAGCGCAGCCUGUGCCGGGAGAUCAGGGCACGGCAGCGGGCAGACCGGGGCUUGUGUAAGCAGGAGAGCAUGCCCAUCCUGCCCAGCUGGAAGAAGAGCAAUGGCCCCAAGAAGUAUGGCCCGCCCCCUUACUCCGCCCAAACAACUGUCUUCUGGGACACUGCCAUCUGACAGGCUCCAGCUCCAGUGCCGCACCCACAUUCUACACCAGGACCACUAGGGGCCAAUCAGAGAAGAGAACAGGAAGUCACACAGGAUGAGUGGGUGGUCCAACGUAGCAAAUGAAAAUA